AUGGUGGGAAAAGAUCCUUCAUUUGCUUUAGUGAAUUCAAGGAUGUUGCCUGUUUUCAUUUUGUGUGCAUCUUUUAUUUCAACUGUGCUGCUGGAGGAUGUGGUCAGCAAAAAUGUCACUCUUAAAUCUACCUCCGAGGUGAUACCAACAAGCCCAUUACCUGUUAAUGUACAAAGACGGACAGAAAACUCAGUAAAGUCCAAACCCCAAGUCGCGCGUCCAUUACGAAUAAACUCCAAAAUAGGAAGUGAGAAUCGAUUCCCUACAAGCUGUCCUCAAGCAGAUAUUUUAUUAAAGAUACUAAAUCUGCUUACGAAAUCAUUACCGUCAAGUGUAAUAGAACCGGAAAAGUUUAAAGAUGUUGUGUCUGAUAUUAAUGUAUUAUUAGGAAAAGCUCCUGUUAACCCUGCUUUCUUCGGAUUGCACAAUAAAUUUAAAAUUUUACAAGACGAACUAGAAAAGAUUCUCAAUGAAGGUAAAAGGGAUACCAUAUCAUAUGAACCGAAUGAAAACAAGCUAAAAGCUAAAAUUUCCCUUGAAUAUGAUGUGCCGGGUAAAUGUGAAGAAGUAUUGAAUGUUGUUAUUAAUUUUCUUAAUAAUGCAUACAAAGAAAAAUUUAGAAAUUGUUUUGCUAGUGGAAAAUGUUUGGUCAAUGACUUGCCACAAAUUCAAUAUGGGAUCACCGAGCAGACAAAACAACCAACUUUAUUAGAUCAGUUAAUUCAAGAAUCUCAGAGUAAUAAUCCUUAUCCUCAUUCAAAUAAUUUAUUGGAUCAGUCACUUAAGGAAUAUCCCACUUACAAUACUCAUUUACCUGGAUUGAAACAAGAAACAAAAGAAGAAAAUAUAUAUGAUAUUAUUAAUCUUCAAAACAAUUACAAACCUAGUUUACCAAAACCAGCAAUUGCUUUAGAAAAUAUGUUAAACCUUAUAAAACCGCAGGAUGGUAGUGAAUUAGAUAGGUCGGUGCACAGUUUAACGCAACCUUAUUCUAAGUUUUUAAUAGAUAAAAGCAUUCAAGAACCUGAUGUAAAUUAUAUACCGACGCAAUAUAUAGAUUCUGCUUUGAAUAUUCCUAUGACAGGGUCAAAUAUGGAUCAAGAAUCACCGAAUAUAUCAGUUGAAAAGCUUAGAUCGAAGUAUGACCAAACUGGAAAUAACAGCGACGGAAAAAUCAAUAAUGAAAUUCUUAAUCUGUCUGGAAAUCUCAUUGCACCUAUGCCUAACGUAGUUGUACAACCGUUUGAUAAUCUUUUAAAAGUUGGAAAUGAAAUGGUACCAUCCAAUAUACUUAAUAAUCCCUACUAUAAAUUGCCAACCGAUUCCGUUACACCAGACAUCCAAAAUUUACUGAGUGUGAAGGGUACCACAAACAAACAGCCAAGUUUUGAUUAUUCAAGUGUUCUUCAUCAACUUCUUCAAAAUCCCGCUUUAAAUAAUGUUUAUUAUCCCUCUACUAAUCAUGGAAUUAAUGACUUAAUAAACUUAAAAUACUUGCAACAGAGCCAAAUUGUACCUAACAAAAUAGCAGAAGCUUAUGCACCAUACAUAAAUACUUACGUCAGAUCUGAUAAUCUCUAUUUACCACAUGAUAUAAAUAACCAACAUGCCCAAUUAACCAAUUUGAUACAGUCAGGUGUAUCGAAUUCAGUUAAAUUGAACGAGGUAGCAAAUCGAAACGGAGUUGUCGAAUUAACGUACAUGCUUAAGCAACCGAAGCCAGCUAUCGAACCAUUAUACUACGCCAAAUAUAAGAUGCCUUAUAAUACUUUCUUAUAUAGUGUACAAGAUUUAUUAAAUAAAAAACCACACUUAGGACAAUAUCCAAAACAAUUGUAUCAGGAAUUGCUAAUGAAAUCAAAUGUAACAGAAGUUUCAGAUGAAUUAAAAAAUUUGCAGCAUGACGAACUGACCAAACUGAUGUCCAAUAACGGUAUCCUCAUAGCAGCUAAGGUAAUACAAGGUAACAAGGAAAUAUCUGAAAGUCUGUCAAACGUAUUGCAAACCUUAAACUCCACACCCCAACUUCCUAAAGCAUCAAAUCUAUCUGCAGCAAAACUUUUUAACUCACUCCUAUACUAUUCUCCAAAAUCAUUGAUUGGCAUUCAGAAAAGAUUAGGUUUAAAUCCAAACGACGGAUAUUCAUAUUUGCCAUAUAAUGCACAAUCUCGAUAUCAAACAAAAUAUCUUAUAAAUUCUGGUAGUAAAGUCCUUAACCCUAAUUAUUCCACAUUUUACGGAGUACCUUCAGUGAAGUACGCAUAUCUCGUAAACAAAAAUGUUGCUCCUUUGAAUAUUCAAAAUUAUUUGCAAUCUUAUUUAAGUGGAAAUUCUAGAGUCGUCAAGAGUAAU